UAUCGAUACAGAUUACUGUAGUGCCGCCUGCAGCGCCUUGCUCGUAUCUCACCCACAAACCGUGCCCACCCUCCUUUCCAUCAUGUUGGCGUCUGUCCCGAACUAAGCCGAAGUAAACCAAUACUGGCAAUAGCGGCCUGCUACUCUUGACCUGUUACAGCGAGCGCCUGUAGGGCUAGGGCCAGAACUGGGCAGUAGGGGUGUGGAGGCGCCCGGAACCGAACGCAUGUAGGGCAUGCACCGUCGACUAGGUAGUUAUCGCGGCAAGACGCGCAGUGCAAGAGUUAUCAUCCGGCAAUUCCCCGGAUCAGCUUGUGGUAGGUAAUCGAAAUGGGCGCAUUUACCGACCCGGAACGAUGUCUGGACGCAUCGGCUGCAGUACGUGUUGUUGCUUGUCUCACCACACUGAUGCCCGUGAUGGUCUUCUGUAGCGUUGCUUGGCCUGGAGCUGUGGGGUCUUCCGCAGAAUCGACAAACCUUUCCGUCAUCGUACAAGGAUCGAUCGACAUCGGCAGAGAAGCGUCGCGGACGUUUCCGUUCUGUCGCAUUCAGAACAAUGCGGAUGGAUCCCGAGCGGAGGCGCUGCGUGUCGGUGGCUUGCUGGAGCUGCACGAAUCUUUCGAUCCGGAGAAGGAAGUUUGUGGCGACCACGGUGGCUGGGCGGCCGUCCAGCAGAGCACCACCUUCCUGUACCUUGUCGCGAACAGCUUUAGAUACUCGCUGAUCGAGGCGCAGGCUUUGGGACCGGAGGUGGUGGAGUUGUACUCCUUGGCUGCGCGGGAAGACGCGAUCGUUGGCGCGUUGGCCUUCGACACAUGCACAUCAAAUAGCUUAGCUGUUCAAGAGGUGCACGUCCUGUCCACGGAUUCAUUGGCGUACAGGAACUUUUCCAUUCGACUGUUAGAGAGGAUUCUCCCGGACGUGCCAAGCGGUUGCCUGCAGGGGACCUCGAAUGAAAGCCCCACACUGUCCUUGUCGGAUAUCGUAGGCAACACACCUCAUCUGAUGGGAGUGACUGGACCCAUGUCAUCAAGCAGUGUCCUGGCAGCAUCACCGUUCCUGACAUCCGUUGAAACUAUGCACACAUCGUACUGGGCCGGUAGCACGCUGUUUGACGAUGUGGCCGAUUUCAGGUACCUGUUUCGCACCAUAGCCUCGGACCGGUUCCAAGUUGAGGCAAUUGCCGAUCUGAUUGAACACUUCCAAUGGACAUACGUAUCACUUGUAGCUGCCGAAGAUCACGUCUACAGCGGACAGGGUUACGACCUGCUCCUGGCCGAGGCUAGUCGACGCGGCACGUUCUGCUUCGACGUGCAGGCACGGUUCAACAAGGGCGCGGAGUUCCGCGCAGACCUGGAACGCAUGGUGAGCGUCUUGAAACGGUCGCGGGCCCGCGUCGUCAUUCUCUUCGCACCGGUGACCGCAGCUAAAGUGUUCCUGGCAGCGUGCGAGCAGGUGAACAUCGACAAUAAGAUAUUCAUCGGCAGUCACGACUGGGUUAAUCGUCUGGAGUAUGCGGAAAACUCGUACCAGGCCACCAUACCGAUUUUAGGCUUUGCGCCGCGAAACGUUGUCUCCAGCACAGCCACCCAAAUCACUGAAGACCUGAAGCGAGCGUUGCAAAAUGUCACAUACCUAAAGGAGGCUUCGGCCAUGGAUCCUUGGCUUCGGACGUACAUUGAACAGCAGCUGAAGUGCAGGAUUGAGGUACAUAUAGAUGUGUGUGAGCUAUCACCCGCGAGCGUGCUCCCAGCCGCUCGUCCCUGUUCGGACGCGGAUUUUAAGCGCUUCAUGCCGCGCCACACGAUGGUGAUCUCGGAGUCGAUAGCAGUGGGAAUGCUGUCGCACAUGAUGUCCGCCUUGCUGGCCAAUUCGGCGGCAGAGUGGCGCAGUGGCCGCCUGCCUGGAUCCACCCAGCAUCUGCAGUCGCUGCGCCAGCUGCGUUUACGCUGCAAGAAUUCCACGUCGCUGUGUAAGGUGUUUGACUCCCGGCAACACACGCCACCUGCCUAUCACGUACAGAAUGUGCAGCGUAUGCCGAGCCGCUUUCAUGACAUUGUUUCAAUAGGAAGCUGGGACGAGACGGCGGGGUUCGAAUGGAGUGCACGUACAGUGAUCGAUUUGAAAUCAUUCGGCUCGUUUCAGCUGUCAGUGGAGAAGCGCACGGAGCGCAAUGAGAGUAUCCCAUCGUCAAAGUGCAGCACGGCCUGUCAGCCAGGCCAGUUCCGUGUUUCCAUUCCCGGCCUGCCCAGGGCAUGCUGCUGGGAGUGCAGACCAUGCGAGAGCUCGGCAUUCUCGAACACUGUCAACGCCGACAGCUGCGAGCAGUGUCCGCUGGGCCACGGCUCGAAUGGCAGUGCAUGUGUGCCGUUCAUCCCACAGCCUCAUGGCGCCAUGCUGGUGAUAUCAAGAGUGUUGACUGCUGCGUCAGGCCUGGGAUUGGCGGCCACCGUACUCACUCUCGUCUACUUCUGGGCGCACCGGCGAGCCGUUCUGGUGCGCACGUCCGACGUCACGCUGAGCACGGUGACGAUGUCAUGCAUGGCUGCGGGGCACGUCAUGGUGCUUACCCUCUCCCUGCUGGAAAUGGACUUGCGGAUAUGCCGGCUUGGCAUUUGGCUGGGAGAACCGAUCAAGGCCAUCAUCGCCGGCACCAUACUCGUGAAAACGAAUCGCUUCAAGACCGUCUUCGAUUCGAUGAAGAUUUUGUCGCGCUAUAAGAGCCGCCGUGUGCUACUCAGCAGCCCAAUCCAGCUGUUGUUUGUUGCAGCGCUAACAUUGGUUAGUGUAUUGUUGGUGGGAGGCUUCAUGAUAGCCGACCCGCCGCUUUUUGUAACGGAACUUGGAACUGAACGCAGUGUGGUGUUCUGUCGCACUAGCACCACUUGGAUUGCCAUAUUGAGCAGCUAUAACUGUCUCCUGCUGCUAGCUGGAAUCGUACUGGCCUUCCUGACCAGGAAACUGCCGGACAAUUACAACGAAUCGCAGCUUCUGUACCUGGCCUCUCUCACUGGCUUUGUGGUGUGGCUUGCUGCGUUCUGCGCGUUCGUCACCAGUAGCGAGGAGUUUGGCCUGCUCAUUCUGGUCGUGUUUCUUGAGAGCCAGGUAUGGGCCUUCUGGGGCUGUCUCUACAUGUCACGCGUCGUGCAGAUGAUCCGCUUCCGCAAGUACAGGGAGCCGCGCAGCACUGCGUCAGUUGCAAACUCAGUAACAGUAAAAACACUGUCCCAGUUGAGUCCACCCCACUAAUGCCACCCCACUAAUGAGUGACCCGCAGUACAGUACGCUGGAGUGCACGUUUGAGAUGCAUUGAUACAGUGCCAGUGAUCGAUGAUGGGACAGCAAUGAACAAUUGCGGUACCACCCAUCCCGUACCGUCCGCGCUGCGUCGAAUGUGAGCCAGGCUUAACGAAACGCCUUGGGAGGUGGCCGUAAAUACACGCCUGGCCACACACUCUCUGAGUUGCACACUUAGCAGUUACAAUUUGGCAGUUACAAUUUGGCACAGAGCUCUCCUUCUCACCCCAACCACCAGCAGUUUGCAAAUGGUGCCUUAUCGAAAAACAUGGCUGUUGGUACAUUUUACAUGUGUAUCUGGCAUAGAGCCUUAGAGGGCUGGUACAUCAGAUAGCCAUACUCGUUUCGUGUAUUACAUGUACAUGCAGAAUUCGAUUAUUUUAUUUUUAUUUCUACAAAUGCCCAUGGUCAAUGUGGAAGGUAAUAAUAUUAUGAUUCAAAUCAGUCCGCA